AUGCAAGCAGAGAGAAAGACACCCAAUAACCGCCGCCACUCGCGGUUCACACUGCCAAUACUCCCCUUGCUGCUAUCAAGCACGCUGCUCAUCUCUCCGACCACGGGAACACCAGCAAUCCCUGCACCUGCACCUGCACCUGCACCUGCCCCGGCGCCGGCGGCACCACCAGGGCAGUCAGCACCGCUCACCUUUGAGCCCUGCGUCGGCAUGUGCGUCCGCACGUCGGACUGCGGGCCGGACGACAAGAACUGCAUGUGCAACACGUCGCAGGUCUUUUUCGACUUGACGGUCCGCUGCAUGUACCGCGACUGCGCCGGCUGCUUCGACUCGGCCGACAGCGCCUUCAUCGAGCGCGUCGCCGCCGUCUGUCACGCCUAUGGCAAGCCCGUGCCCACCCCUAGGCUGCGCGAGGCCCGCAUCCUCGCCGACCUGCUGGGCCGGAACCUCAAGAACACUACCACAACCAUUGCUACUACUACUACUACCGCGUCCGCCGCGCCCCUCAGCCAGACUGGCAUCGCGACACCGAGCACCCUGCUCGGUACGGCGGGAGCGCCGCCGCGGCCGCUGUAUGGCGUCCCUCUCCUGACCAACGCGCCGGCCGGAGGGACACCGACGGUCUGGCUGCCGGCGGGACCGACGCAGACGCACGAGAGUGCCGGCAACCAGCCCGCGACCACGGGAGGGUCCGGGCGCGCCAACGCGAGCGGACGUGAGGGUGGCGUCAGCGUCAGCGUUGGGGGCGGCGGCGGCGGCGCCAGCAGCGGCCAGGGCCCGGCCAGGAACGCCACCACUAUCAUCAGCAAGCAAUCGACAGCACCGGCUGCCGAGCGCGGGCCGUCGGCCACGCCCAAGCCGGACGAGCGCCGACCACCUGCGGAGCCGACCGACUCGUCGCCGUUCGCGUCUCCGGUCGGGAGCGCCGCGGGAGUGGUGACGCUGAAAGAGCUUUUGUGCUGGGUCUUUGCGGGCCUGACUGCGGCGAUGGUCAUCGCGUAA